AUGUCCAUGGAGCGUUUUGACUGUCAUUACUGCAAGAAUUCCUUGCUUGGAAAGAAAUAUAUUCUGAAAGAGGACACCCAGUACUGCACCAAAUGUUAUGAGAAUCUGUUCGCCAAUUGCUGCGAAGAGUGCUCUCUGCCAAUUAGCUGUGACUAUAAGGAUCUGUCUUAUAAGGAUCGUCACUGGCAUGAGCAGUGUUUCAAAUGUGCCAAAUGCAGCCGCUCUUUGACAGAGAAGCCAUUUGCGGCUAAAGAUGAUCUCCUGCUGUGCAAUGAGUGCUACUCCCAUGAGUACUCCUCAAAGUGCUAUACCUGUAAGAAAACCAUCAUGCCAGGUUCCCGAAAAAUGGAGUACAAGGGGAACAGCUGGCAUGAGACCUGCUUUCUGUGUCACCGCUGCCGUCAACCAAUGGGAACAAAGUCCUUCAUCCCUAAAGAUAAUAGCUACUUUUGCGUGCCCUGCUUUGAGAAGCAGUUUGCUUACCAGUGUUGUGAAUGUAAAAAAGCCAUUACCACCGGUGGGGUCACCUACCAUGACAAGCCCUGGCAUCGUGAAUGUUUCCUUUGCAUCGGCUGCAAGAGGCAACUGGCAGGGCAACGGUUCACCUCCAGAGACAACUUCCCUUACUGUCUGGAAUGUUUCAGUAACCUUUAUGCCAAGAAAUGUGUGAGCUGCACUAACCCCAUUACUAGCCUGGCGGGAGCAAAGUACAUCUCCUUUGAAGAGCGUCAGUGGCACAGUGAGUGUUUCACCUGUAUGCAGUGCUCCGUGUCUCUGGUGGGUCGCGGCUUUCUCACCCAACGCGAUGACAUCCUCUGCACCGACUGUGGUCGGGACAAGUAA